AUGUAUCGGAAGUUGUCUAAGUUAGAACACUCGGAAAUAAAACAACUUCUUACAGAAGCUAACAUAGAUGUUGCAAAGCAUUACGCAACAAACAAAAAGGCACUCGCUGACAUCCUCAAUGACUAUAAUGGUGAAAUAACUUAUGAUAGAAUUCAUGAGUUCAUAAAGCCGCAACGCGGCGAGGACGAAGUCCAUGCAAGAGCAUUUCCUUUAAAUGACGUUGCUAUUGACUUAUAUCAUAGACGUUCAAUACCUCAUGAUGUUCGUCAAGAGAUGUUUGACAUAACAAAUGCAAACGUUGGUGAAACAAGAAGAAGAGACGACACACUGAAACAACAGAGAAGAGAGAUGUUUAAAAGUGCUAUAGAACAAGUUCGUAAAGCUAACGAUGUCAUUCGUUCCAUUGACGACAAACCAAAAGAAGGUGAGAGAUGGUUAAAGAAAGAUGAAGAGAAUAGGAAGAGAAAUGUGAAGUCAGGCAAUAGACUCAUUGACUUUAACAUCGAAGCUUUAGAUGAACCAAACAGAGACUACUUACACAAACAUUUCGGUAAGGUUUUCAUGAGACUCUUAGAGAAGAUUAAAAUAAACUCACAACAGAGAUGGAUGGUAUGUUAUAAACUUGGUGGAAAGUAUGAAUGUUCUACGUUAAACCUCAAUAAUAUUGGAACAUUACUACAUCAGCUCUUGAAGGAGAACUUUAUAUCAGAGAUAGAAGCAAAUGCUGCAGGUAUUGUUGAAAUGCACUAUGACUUCUUCUUGACAAACAUAAAGAAUCUUACCGAAAUAAAGAUGUAUGAUUUAACAGAAUAUGAAGGCUUAACGA